AUGUCUACUAUACCCGUCUCCGAUAUACCUUGUGUCAGCCUCCUCUAUAAGCUCGAUCGCCUGAAGCCCGCCGAGUCGAGCACGUACACGCCUUCCAGCACAUACAACGACAAGAUCGCGUUGCUAAGAAAUGACAUCACAAAGCUAGAGGUUGAUAGUAUCGUCAAUGCUGCAAACAAUUCUUUGUUAGGCGGUGGUGGUGUCGACGGCGCCAUUCACCGUGCAGCCGGCCCAGAGCUCUACGACGAGUGUGAACUUUUGGAUGGUUGUGUCACAGGUAGUGCCAAGAUCACAAAAGGCUAUAGACUUCCAGCGAAACACGUCAUACAUGCCGUAGGUCCUGUCUACCAAUCCACGAAGAGGCAAGGGAAGCAUACAUCGCUGUUGCAAGGCUGUUACCGUACAAGCCUGGAGCUGGCCGUUGACAACAAACUAAAGAGCAUAGCUUUCUCGGCUCUGAGCACGGGCGUCUAUGGCUAUCCCAGUGACGAGGCUGCUGAAACAGCUAUCGGGGAGGUUAGGAAGUUUCUUGAUAGCGGCAAAGGAGACUCCCUCGAACGUAUCGUUUUCUGUAAUUUCACGGAGAAGGACGAGAAGGCAUACUUCGACAUGAUACCAAAGUUCUUCCCUCCCGAUCAGACAGUGGAAAAGAAGGAUGAGGAGAGUCCUGCCCCGACGAGUGAAGAUUUGGCGGCCCAGCUACCAGAUCCGCCUACCAAGAACCCAUCCGAGGAAGGCCAGCCUGAUGCUAAGAAAUUAAAGUCACUGAAGGAAAGUUAG